AUGAAGACCCUGAUUUUGUUGGCUUUGCUCGGAGUGGCUUGGGCCUCCGAUGAGAAGGUGGUGGGAGGUUAUGAGUGCCCCAAGCACUCUGCUCCCUACCAGGUCUCCCUGAGCGACGGCUAUUUCCACUUCUGCGGUGGCUCCCUCAUCUCCAGCCAGUGGGUCGUGUCUGCUGCCCACUGCUACAACUCCCGCAUCACUGUGCGUCUGGGUGAGCACAGCCUCAACUCCAACGAUGGCCCCGAGCAGCACAUCAGCGCUGGCAAGAUCAUCAAGCACCCCUACUACAACGACAACAACCUGGACAACGACAUCAUGCUCAUCAAGUUGAGCCACCCUGCUACGCUCAACAGCUACGUCCAGACCGUGUCCCUGCCCAGCAGGUGCCCCGUGGCCGAUGAGCCCUGCAUGGUGUCCGGAUGGGGAAACACCGCCACUGGUGGCCAAACUAUCAUGCCUGACCGUCUGCAGUGCCUUAGGCAGCCUAUGAUCGACGACCGCAUAUGCAAGAACGCCUACCCCCACCUGAUGACAGAGAACAUGCUCUGCUCCGGCUUCAUGCAUGGAGGAGCCAGCAGCUGCCAGGGUGACUCUGGUGGACCUCUGGUGUGCGGUGGCCAGCUGCAGGGUGUGGUCUCCUGGGGCUACGAGUGUGCUCAGCAGGGCCACCCCAGUGUCUACGCCCGCGUGUGCCGCUACAACAGCUGGAUCCAGAGCGUCAUGAGCAGCAACUAAACACCCAUACAGUACACCCCUCUGCUCCAAUGGGACUAUAGACCCUUUCAAGAGAGUUCCAUUAUCAGCAUCAUAGUUGGCCCCACAAGACUUCCUUUUUAACAUUCCAUAUGUUAUCUUAAUACAGAGGAAGUAGAUUGGGA